AUGAAGCUUCGUUCGAAAAUCACAUACUCGUUUGAAUAUGUCAACAAUCACCUUCGCUGGGCAAUCUUGCCUACAGAGAUUCGACUGAUGAUCCUCGAGCAAGUUGAAAUCGGAUAUAAAGGACACGAUUUGUCGGACUGGGCAAGCGUCUCAAGGGAAUGGCAAGCCUUCUUCGAAGCGCGGAUUUUCCAACGCCUGAGGCUUCGGUAUCCUGGUUCCGACAUCGAUAAUCUAAGCUCUUUUGUUCACGGUUAUCGAAGAGAUCUAGUCAAGGAGAUAUCACUCCACGUCAGCCUUGACGAAUACGAUAACGUGAACAAGUUCGACGAACCAGAGACCCGAGACACGAUCAGAACGAACAACAAGCUCUUCAGUCAAGCGCUAAGAAAGUUAUUCAUCUCUCUUUCAACAUGGUCUACGCCGAAAUGUGGCGUCAAAUUAAGGUUGAGCGCCAGCUCUCCGAGUGAUUCAGGCCACCCCUGGGACCAUCGCGCCGAGGCGAGUCAACAUGAUCGCAGACGUAUAUACUCCUCAAAGUCGAAACAGCGUCUCCUCGGCAACUUAUUGAACACCAGUUCCGGCACUCUCAAGCUUGCUCAGGUCCCCAUCGUCAGAAAGCUUUUCGUAAACCAAUAUUGCUACAGAAGUAUGUCGGAGGCAUUGCUUGCGAAAGUUCUUGGUAGUCUUUGCCGUCUCAGGACUGUCAGCUACGAGCCAUGGCACGCGAUAGCUCAAUACGAAUAA